AUGAAACGGACGUUAACGCUGCUCACAGUACUCGCCUGCUGCGCUCAUAGCCUCGCCGCCACUAGUGACGAUAGCGAGGAAGAUGAGGCUGGUUUGGAAUUCAUUAAAGUAGACAAUGAGUCACCACAACAAACUGUAACACUCAUAAAUUUCACCAAUGCCACCAUAAUUGGGCAGUUUACUAACAGUAAUGUCAGCGCGGUGGUGGACGCCAAUAAUCAUCGUAUCGUUGGUGGACGUCAGAUUUCAAUCAGCGAAGCACCUUGGCAGGGAGCGCUCAUCCAGUCGAACGUUUUCGUAUGUGGCUGUUCGCUCAUUAACCCAUCCUGGGUGUUGACCGCUGCGCACUGUGUCUAUGGUAACGCGAGUAGACGUCAUGCGGUACGCGUCGGCUCGGACAAUUUCAAAACUGGUGGACAGUUACGCAUAAUCGAUCGUGUCACCUAUCACGGUAGUUUUAAUUCCAAAACGGGGGCUAAUGAUAUUGCAUUGUUACGCACAAGUCGCCCCUUUAAAUUUAAUCAAAAUGUGCAAGCUGUCCGUUUGCCGAGUAGUGAUAAUGAGCCGAACUCCUAUUUCGUUAGCGGUUGGGGUACGCUUAACGAUCGCAGCACAAGGCCAAUGAAAUACUUGCGUGGCGUUAAUUUGUAUCCUGUGAAUAGAAAAUCCUGUGCGAAUUCAUAUCGUGGUGUAAGUUCCAUUACCGAUAAACAGUUGUGUGCUUAUGCGCCCAACCAAGACAGUUGUCAGGGCGAUUCGGGCGGCGCUUUGACAAACCAAGGCGUGCAAUAUGGCAUUGUGUCUUUCGGCAAUGGCUGUGGGCGUGCUGACUAUCCUGGCGUUUAUACCAAUGUGUUUAAGUAUCGUACGUGGAUAAAGGCCGUGACCAAGUCGUUGAGCCCGAAUAAUAAU